AUGCUUAUUUUCACUUUGGACAACACACGCAUCGGCGGCACCCUCGGCGGCGACCUCGACCGCUCUACUGGCUGCUUCCACCUCAGCGACCUCGCCCAGGUCAAGAUGACGCUAAAGAAUUAUUUCCGUGCGCAAAAUGAUCUAUACUUGCUACAAACUGACACUUCCAAGAUUGCAGAUGGCUUAAUUUAUGAGGCAGCUGAUGGUUGUAACUACUUUCCUCAUAUCUAUGGCUACAUCUAUGGUCCUGGUCGCAUCUUUGCACCCCAUCAACUAAGUGUUGUUGUCAAGGCAGACAAAAUAGUGCUGGCAAACAAUGAUUUUACUUGCAGUCUACUUGGAGCGGCCAUCUAA